UUAUCUUCUUGUAUUAUAUUUAUAUUACUCACUCUCACACUCUAUCAUCGGUUAAACUCAGCGACAGUGCUUCCUCCGACGAAGGUAUUGUUUCUUUCUCAAAUUCUCACUAAAACCCUAAAACCUCUAUCUUCUGCCACUCCAGUUGGGUCUCCAGCCACCGGCCUCUUACUCCAUCGCUACAGGUAUCUCAUGUAAGCUCGCAAAAGGGGAAAACAUAUACAAACAAGCAAUUUUGAUAUGGCUAGUGUCUUCUUGGGCGCUACCUUUAGCUCCCUCAUUGUUAACAAAAGCAUCAUAAAUUGCAGAAAGUCAAGCACUACAAGUGGUCUACAGCUUGGUGCUAUAAAGGCCAUGCGUAUGGAGAAACCUUUGGAAGAGUUGUACAAAGUGAGAGUGGAACGGAAAGUGUCGACGGAGCGAUUAGCGGAGCUCGGUGUUUCAAAAUGGUCGAUGUGGAAGACGGGCAAGGCCAAGUUGCCAUGGGACUGGCAAGUGGAUCAGCUGGUUUACAUUGAAGAAGGGGAAGUGAGAGUUGUGCCUGAAGGAAGUAAGCAGUUUAUGCAAUUUGUUGCUGGAGAUUUAGUGCGUUAUCCCAAGUGGUUUGAGGCUGAUCUCUACUUCAAUGGUCCUUACCAAGAACGUUAUAGUUUCAGAGCAUAUGGUGAUGACUGAUGGAGCUUUAUCACAUAGAUUCUAUGUGCUUUUUCCAUGUUGCGCCAGAGCAAAAGCUUUUUCUUUGUAUGUUUUGAACUUGAAGAAGUAUAAAGUUUGUCUGUUGGAGUCGUUUUUAACAGUGUAUCAAUUUUGUUAAGUGAUCUCUAAUCAAUAUAUAUGAUUAUUAGAGUUCGUAUUUAGAACAAUUUAGUUUAGUCAAUCGUAGUUUUCAA